ACGCGCGAAGAUAUACACACAUACACGAACGCACGCGCGCGCUUAUAGUAUAUAGCCUGUAUAGCUCCCCUACUCCUAUAUACUGGUGUGCGUCAGUGUAGGAUGUGGAUACUUUUUUUAUUCAAAGCAAUCAAGCACACUAAUUAAAUUCAUCAAAUGAUUAUUGUCAAUAAGGAGUAUACCUCACAAUUUGUAAACAAUGGCUUUUUAUACUGUCCAUUUUACAAAUAUUGAUCGGAAAUUUUAUGUCAUUAGACUAUAAGAAUUUGUCAAUAAAGUAAUAAUAGUCAUAUAAGACAACCCUUCACUUUUCGAAAUAUUGAAUUCACAAAAAUAAAAGCAUCAUUAUACAAAAUAUGUUUUUAUCUGCAAUUUAUAUGUGUGUAUAUGAAUUAAUAAGUUCAGUAUAGCUGAAAGAUAGUCUGUUUCAUUGUUUAGAUAGAUGGUGUCAUUUUUCAGAUUCAUUUUAGAAGUUUUGAGUUUAUAUCUUGGUAAAUGUAUACAACAGUAGUUUAAAAAUUAUUUAUUCUUAUGCAUGAUAUGUGAAAAAUUAUUUCAAUUUAAAUAAUUUUUAAAAUAAGUAGACCUCCAACAAUUAGAAAUUGAUGUAGAUCAAGUUUACUUAAUACUCAAGCAAAAAAAUUUAGCUAUUUUAAUAGUACUACAAUAGUACCAUUUAGUUGAAACAAAUGCAGUAUUUAUUUACAGUAUACUUGUAAUAAUAGAACUUAUAUCAUUCUGCAUUCUCAAUAAGGAAUUUUAUUCACCAUAAUUAUUAAUGGAACGUUUCAUAAAGAGGCUUAUUUGACUCGUUUUUUGGGGUUAAGUGCACUUUUUAUUUUGAUUUGUUAUUACUAUGACCACAAGCUUCAAAUCUUUCUCGUAGCAAGUACGCAAAUCAUUUCUUAGUUUUCAACUAAUAAUCUGCCAAAUUUGAACUCAUUCUAAAUCGUCAGUCGCACGCAAUUAAAAGUUCAAGAGAAAAUGUUUUCAACUUAUUUUUGACAUUUUGAAGCUCUCCCUGAUGAAAAUAUUGAUAUGAUUUAUUAAAAUUAAAUAAUUCUUCAUGUCAUUUUUAUAGGUAAUUUGUGAAAUCAAUUUGUUAUGAAUUUAUUUCAAAUAUUUCAUCACGUAAUUUAAUGACUUAUUAAAAAAAAUUGGAAUAUUUUAGCUUCAUGAAACUUUUGUACGUAAUUUUAGUAUGUUAUUUAAUUACAUAAAUAUUUAGUUCGAAAUAAAUACUCUUAAAUACUUUAAAUUUGUUAAAAUGAGUGGCCAUACAGGUCCCUGCUAAAGAUAGUCCAUAGAAAUCGAUAAGACCUCUUAUCAAAUUGAAUAAUAAGUCUUAAUCACGAUUUUUGCAAUAAAACUCAAUUAAAUUAGAUUGGGUUAAUGGGAAUCGAUUAAAAUCUAUAGAGAAAUUAAUGGAUUUUAAUUGCUGUUUUCCAUCUAUUUAUUUCAAUUAUUGUUUUUCAUAUAGAAUUGAAUCGACUUCUAUUGACCCUAUCGAAUUUGAUCUAGUUUUAAUGCUAAAAUGGCGAUUAAGACAUACCAUGGACUAUUUUUAGCAGGGGUGCUACUACGCGGAUGGUAUUGCGGAAGAUGGGGGCUUAUGCCUCAGAAAUCAAUCAUUUUUAAUACUUUUACUAAAUUAAAGAAUAUAAAAAAAUAAUAUUCAUUAGUUAUCAGCUCCUAUUUUAGAAUAAUAGCAUUCAUUAAUCAUUUUACUAUUUACACGUUUUUCUGUAAUGAAAAUUUGAACAACAUGAAAGUUUAUAAGUGUCACAUGCCAAAUUGCACAAGAAAAUCAUCAGAUAUUUGAGUAUCUACAUAAAAUUCCAAAAAUUCCUGAUAUUAAAAAACACUGGGUUGAGAGCUGUAACUUAACCAAAACAUUUAUCUACAGUAAUCACUUCCAAAACAGCGAUUGUUUUCCGACACAUGGUGCAGACAGGAAUGGCUGCGCCUUAUGGAGGGGGUGUUUUUCCACCUCCAGUAAAUGGAGUUGGAAACGUUGUUGGCUCAUCUAGUGCGCCUGGCGAAGUCAAACCUCCGGCAUCUGUAACAAUCAAAGAAGAAAAUACUAACACGCCACAACAGUCUCUACCCGGUGGCGCUCAAGUACCUCAAACAUCAGGUGCCCCGCACUCUACUACAACAGGACAACAAACUCAGAGUAGUUUUAGUCCUCCACCACCGCCUAAUGGCGUUGAUCAGCAGGCUAUCUCGGAAGUAUUUCAAGCAGCAGUCGCAGCAGCAGCAGCAGCGGCUGUGAAUAGCAGCGGACCACAACCUGCUACAACGACAGGCGCUAAUGAAACUAAUUCAGAAAAUAAUAUUGAUACGGGGACGUUAGCUCCCGUAAGUUCAGGUACAAUAACGCCAGUAACACAAACACAAGCUUCUGAUCUUAAAGGGCAACCUAAACGUCUUCAUGUCAGCAAUAUACCUUUUCGGUUCAGAGAUCCUGACCUUAGAGCAAUGUUUGGGCAAUAUGGUCCUAUACUUGACGUCGAAAUCAUUUUCAAUGAAAGAGGAAGCAAGGGAUUCGGUUUUGUAACAUUCGCAAAUAGUGCUGACGCGGACCGAGCACGUGAGAGGCUACACGGCACCGUGGUUGAGGGCAGAAAGAUUGAGGUAAACAAUGCUACAGCGCGUGUCCAGACGAAAAAACCACCAACAGUACCGAACGUGUGUGUCCAGUGGCCAGAGGCAGCUGCGUUAAGAGGUGUUGCUAUUCAACGAGGACGAGUUAAUACGACACGGGCAACAUUCCCAGCAAGUGCUGCUGCGUUAGCACUUGCUCGUAGUCCCGGGUCUAUUGCGGCAGCAGCUGCAGCCACAGCACUUCACCCGUUUGCACAAGCUGUUUACUAUGACCCCUUCUUAGCUGCUCACGCAGCUACACAGGAUCCAAAUUACAGGUUACAGGCCGCAGCGGCAGCAGCAGCAGCGUCUUCGCCUCUUCUAAAAACGCCACUUUCAACAGCUCAACAAGCAACUUAUGCAGCUGCUGCUACUUAUACAGCAGUUGCCGCUCGAGCUUAUGGAGCUGCAGCAGCUGCUGCUCAACCUGUCGCUGGAUACGCAACUGUAGCAGGUUAUGGAAGAGAAUAUGCAGAUCCUUACUUGAGUCACGGAAUCGGACCUGUUGCAGGAUAUGGGGCUACUGUGUAUAGAGGUGGUUACAAUAGGUUUACACCGUAUUAAGGAUGAAUCAGUUUUAUCAAGUCGACGAUGUCCACCUAAAAACUUUUUAAUGUUAUUCAACAUAAUUUCAAAUCAAGAAAGAUUAAGCCACCGAUCAAUAUUGAUUAGUUUCUUCAAAGUGCUUCAGAGUUUAGAUAUAUCUCUGACCAAGGAAAGCGACUAUAAUUUAUUUUUUCUUUCUCAUAAGAAUUCAACCAUGACAAUGCUACAUACCGUCUAUAAUAAAGUUCAAUGUUUCUGCUCUAGUAAGACAUUAUAUAUUGUUCUUCAUUUGUUGCCAUAUUUUUAUAAAUAAUAAUAGGGUAGUAAUGAUAUACUUCAAAAUAAUAUACUAAAAAACAGGCGUGAUUAGAAAUUUUUCGUGUUCUACUUGGCCUACUUAUAGUUCAGAAGUAACCGUUAUUAUGUUUUACAAUUUGAGAUUGCAUUUUUAAUUAAAAUUUGAAUUUGUAGCUUUAUAAAACAUUUAGAAAUUGUCAUUUAUUAAUUAUAAAUUAAAGCACAUGUAAAAAUAUGUAAAGCAGUUUUUAGAUCAAAAUAACUUCAUAAAGAACAGAAAAGCUACUCAGAUUUCAGUUUUUUAAUAUGUUAUUUAAUUCUUGAAUACAUUUGCUCCAAUUCAUUUCAACUAUAUUUUAAAAUUAUCUAUUAAUUUAGUGAGAUUUUCACCACCGCGUGUACUAUUAAAGACUAUCUAAAUUAUUAAUGUAUAAAAAAGUUAAAAAAAAACUUGUUCACAUCCAUAUUUAUCGUCAAUCUUUUCUAGAUCUUACGUUUUAAUCAUACAUUUUAAUCAUACAUUAUUAUCAUUAAAAUGAAAGUUGUAUCGAUUUGUAAAUAGAUAUUAUUCAAACAAGUAAAUUUUUUCAUUUUGCAGGAGAAUCGGAAUAUUAAUGAAUAAUUAAAGCUGGACAGAAUUUCAUAUUUUUUAUAUUUAUGCUGCUUUAUUGAAUGAUUAUUAUUGAUUUUUUAACUGUUCUUUAGUGAAAAUAAAUUUUCUGGCCAUGUGCGUUAUAAUGUUUCAAACAUUUUUAAAAUAAGUUCUAAGAUUAAAAAAUUUUUAUUCAUACUUUAGAAUACAUUAGAAAGCGGUUAUUAAAUUAUUGGCUGCUACAUUGUCCAGUACAUCAUUACUACGAUAGUUUUAUAAAUAAUGUUUAUGUAACAAGUGUGUGAUUCUAACGCACAUUGUAUAGAUUUAUCAGUCUUACGUACGUAAAAUUACAGAAUUAUAUAGAACAGCUUAUUAGUUCUCUAUAGAUUACUUAAGUCAAAAACAAAUGUUUUAUUUAAUUGUGAUAUAAUUGACACAAUGUCUUCUGAAUAUGAAGCACAAACAUUUUCUAAUCCAGUUAUUCGCCGGAAGAUAUUAAACUACAAACAGUAGUUUUAUAAAGUAUAUAAAACAAAUAAUACUAUGAUUAUUUACAUGAAUGAUAAUUUAUGUAAAACAGAACAUGCGUUAAUUGAAUACAUGUGAAUGUUAUAUGCCAUUAUAUUUACUCUUCUUUAUGAUAUAUCUUAAACAUAUUUUUUAUGAUUUGCAACCAUCUCAUGAAAAGUCUAUUAUAUUUUCCAAAAUUUUGUAUUAUUAUUUAGAACAAUAGAUUUUAUUAGAGCAUUUAAUAAUCGAUUAAUUAAAUAUAGCAUGUCAAAACAAUUAUUGAAAUAUAUUGGCAAACAUAAAGCUUUCAAAGUUAUACACAUUUUUUAUAAAUAGAUCAUAAAAUACGCUUCAUGUGCAGAUGCAUAUUUUUCAAAAAUGUAAGAAAAUAAAUCAAACGAAAUAUGAAAUAAAUAAUAAACAUAGUGUUGCCAAGAUCGCUUAGGUAUUGCAUAUUUGUUUUAAUGUACAUGAGAUGAAAUAAUGAUGUUCUGUUUAGGUAUAUAAUUUAAUUAACAAAGUUAAGAGUAAUUAAAAAGAAAUAUGUUCGAAUAAAAAAAAAGAGAAUCGUAUAAUACUCAACUUUUUAAGUUUUUUCAACGCUACUGUCGAACUCAAGCAUUAAUAUUUAUGUAUACUGUAUCAUUAUUUAUAGCACAGUUUGGCUAAAAUCCGCUGUUAAGUCACGCCUAUCUGUGACUAAAGUAGUCCUUUUUGGCACCGUGUUUAUCACACUCGUCACGCUCGUGCGCUAACCUCACGGUGCAAAUAAAGACUACUUUAGUCACGAAUAGGCGAGACUUGCGGAUUUUAGCAGUCUGUGCUAUAAAAUUUUAUAAGAUACUCUUGACUUAAACGCUAAGCGCCGUGUAAACAAGAUCUAUUUAAGCCACACGGAUCGUAAAGUACUAUUUAGGCUUAGAAAUUAUCAAAAAGUAAAAACACUGACUAUCCAUGUUAUGCAAAUAGCUAAAUAUGAUAUAAAUACGUACAUCACUUAUGUAAAACAGUCUUACAGUUUAAUUUAAAUUAAUAUCUCUAAGUUUAAUUAAAAAAUAAACAAUACUCUUUUUUUAUAAUACUCAACUUCGUUAUACUGGGUGCCGAUACGAUCGAUAAUUGUAAAUAUUCUAGACUCAAGCACAAAUCGUAAAUAUAAGUAAAACUGAAUUAAUUUGUAUUAACAACAUUGUUAAAUAAGAGGUUUUCUUUCAAUA